CCAUGAAGGUCAUUCAAGGUUGAAAGAACAUCUAGGGGAAACCCCUAAAAAAAAUCAUAUUGACAAAGUGACAAAUCAAACCGCUAUACUCUCUUACAUGCAAGUAGAUGGUGGGAUAGCACUUCUAUCAGUAGCAGUAUUGUACAAAACGUCUUAAACCUGCACGGAUUAUCUUCUUUCUGAUUCACGAAUUCUAUAAUUCUAUGAUCGGAGAUGUUGUGAGUCCGUCUCAAGCUCAGCUGAUCGACGAAAUGCUUCGAGCACGCACAUUAUGAAGGGACUAAAGGUGAAGCUUCUUCCAUUGGUCACCAUCAUAGCUAGCUGUACCAUAACAUGCCCUAGUGCUGAGGAGAUACCAUGUUUACAUCCCAGUGAAAUCAAAGUCUGUGACAGCAAUUAUACUGUAUGCUUCUGCAGACCCUGCCUUAGUUGUCCUCCAGGAUUUGGCCAAAACCUUGAAUGUGGAAAAAUAAUAAUGAAAUCACAAAAGCUGAAGUGUGUACCAUGUGUUGUAGGGGCGAACUACAGCGAUGACAAUAGUUCUGCUUUGUGUCGUCCUUGUGGGGGAUGCGAUGGUUUUAAAGUGCUGAAAAAAUGUACAAUAACAAAGCCUACUAUAUGCAGCCGUGAUACUUGUGCAGAUGGAUAUGACUUUAACAGUGAUAUGCCUGAUAUGUUGGUCUGUCAGAAGAAGCCAACUCAGCCUACAACUCAGGUGACAACCCAAAAGGCUAAGUCAACAGAUAGCGAUAGCACUGCACCUAUUACAAAUAGUGGCACUUUACAAAAAGCUACAAUGAAUGAUCCCUACAAAUCUUCAACAAAGCUUGUGGACCAAGAUCAAGCAACCACAAAAAGCUCUCAUGGCCAUGUGACCAUCAAGAAUAUUGUUAUCGCUAUCCUUGUGCUAAUUGUAGUUGCAUUCAUUGCAACUGUACUGUUUCUGAAAAGAAAGAAAAUCAAGGAAUAUAUCAAAAAAAGAAUCGAGCCAAAAGAUGAUUCCUCAACUCCAGAGAGCUUGCCAUUAAAUGUUGUGCCUGGAAGCAGCUCAGAGCCAUCUCCACAACUAUCACAUCAAGGAGAUAGCAGACAACUAGAUGAUUUGUCUGGAAGCAGCUCAGAGCCAUCUCCAGAACUAUCACGUCAAGCAGAGGGCAGGUUAUUAGAUGCUGUACCUGGAAGCAGCUCAGAGCCAUCUCAGGAGCUAUCACAGGAAGCUUACCCAUGGCCUGCAGAUGUCCUUCUAAAGUCCAUACCACAUGACCUGCAUUCUGCAAUUGAAACCAGAAUAUCCAAUCCUAAACAACCUGGAUGGCGAGAACUUGCACAAGAACUGGGUCUUGAUGAAGAAACCAUACUACGGAUUGACAACCAUUAUCAACCAGAAAAGGGUUAUCAUUUAUUUGAAGCUCUGAAAACUCAAAAACCCAAGCUGACAUUUACUACAUUUGUUGAUGUCCUGGUUAAACUGAAAAGAGUGGACAUUGUUGAAAAGGCAAAGGAAAGCUAUUAUCAAGAUAGCAUGGUUAUUGAUGUCACACUUGAAGACUCUUGAGGGUUCCAGAAAAUUGGCUGAUAGCAAAAUGAAUAGGGGAUUUUUUUUUAUUUUUAUUUUUUUUUUCAGAAACACAAAAAAUGUAAAUUAAGUUGAAUGCUUCUGGCUGGACACCAUGAAUUCUUUUGUAAUAUACUAUAAAGUUAUAAGUUCAAACAUAAGUGAGCGUUUUGUAUUAAGUUCUUUUACAUGAUGGGUGUAUUUUUUUSUGAGACCGUUAUUUACUCAUAUUUGUCAUAGGCCAAUUAUACAGUAAAGCAGUUUUAGUUAUUAUAUAUAUGCAUCAUCUUUUAAAUUGUAUGUGCAUAUUUAAUGAUCAUAUUUUCAUUUACUGCAUAUUAAAUAUGCWAAGACAAAUAUGAUAAUAAUCACCUUGAUGUAACUAUGCUUUUAGAAUUUUURCAGCUUUUUUAAUAURUAAAAAWCUUAGGAUGGACAAUGUAGAAWAUUGUAAAUAGAAGCUCCUUGUAUAAACAGCAAAUAGUAUACUUGCAAAUAUUCUUAACACCCUGCAUUUUCUAUGUAUGAUAUAAUAUAUUUAUAGUGAUGAUAAUAAUAAUAAUGAUAAUGUUGAUGAUGAUGGCGGGGAUAAGAGUUAUUAAAUAGUAAAUAUGAAAAUUA